AUGAAUCUACCACACCACGAGUCCGAAAUGGACGUCGACGAGGAGUACGGCGGCAACUCGGUGCUGGACCAUCGUGUCGAGGAGCUACAGCAGCGCGAAACGGAGCGCAUCCGGCGACGCGUUGCCGAAGAGAUGGCGAUUCGGUCGGCCGCCGACACAUCGCGCAUCGAGGAGAUUGAGCAGCCGGACGACGACCAUACUGCGGAUGCUGCCAAUGGCGUCUCUGUUAACACACGGGACAACGUUGGCCGCACGCCACUGCACGUGGCAAGCUCCAGUGGGAACGUCGAGGCCGUUCGCUUGCUCAUCCAUAUGGGCGCGGAAGUCAAUAGCACUGAUCGCGUGGGCAAUACGCCGCUGAUGCUGGCGGCCACGUCAGCGCGUGCCGACGUUAUUCAUCCGCUUCUCGAGGGCGGCGCCGACCCGCGGAUUGGCCAGGGCGGUAUCGGAGCUCGACUCGCUUUCGGCGCAGCUCUUGUCCAUGGGAUCGCAGAGCCGGAUCGUGAGGAAUCAGCUGAGGUUUCUGAAGCGGAUAGCCAUCGGGAUAAAGGAAAGAUGGCUGAUACUGGUGAUUUUGCUGAGGAUGUGGCUUCGGCCGAGAUGCUUGCGCGGGAUAACGAGGAUGAGGAUCAGUUUGACCAGCUGUUGGCCAAAUUCUCUCAGUUACUGGGCGAUGACUGA